AUGGAGAGGGUGGAAAUCAAUCGAUCCGAGUCAAACGCUGUUAAAUCAGACGAUCUUGUGAAACAAUGCACAAGAGCAGACUCCCACUCAAAGCCACCUUUGAAUUGUAUUUCGGUGACAGGCAAGUGGAAGAAAUUGUUCAGAGAAGCCUUCCCAAAGACACGAAAUAAUUUUUUUGACGAGGUCGUUCGGUGGGUUUUAUAUCUCAACAAACACGGUUUAUACGAUGUUUCGAAGGCUCUUGCACUUUUGAUUUCUGUUUAA